GGCCCUCAUCCAUCGACCAUCCGCGUUUCGGCAGCAUACAUCACUCAGUCGGCCAUCGAGAAGAAGCUUGCUCCCUCAGGCCCAGAUGCGCAAGAGAGAAGUCUGCAAGAAGCUCGCGAGGACACUGCUCGGCUGCAGGGAGUGGCGUGGCUGGAUAAUGUCCGCCGUGCGCUUCAGCUGCCCAUCAAGACCUACACUACUGCCUGCGUCUACUACCACAAAUUUCGAUUGGUAAACCAGGAAGAGAAGUACUUGUUGAAUUGGACCGAGCCGGCAGCUGCGAGCUUGUUGACGAGUUGCAAGAAUGAGGAUACGCUGAAGAAGAGCCGGGACAUUUUGGCGGCAGCAUGGAAUAUGAAAUUGGCAGUGCACGAGCAGAUUGGCUCUGACGAUCCUCUUCUGGAGCAGCAACAGCGCAGUGUCAUUGGCGUUGAGCGCAUGGUGCUGGAAGCAGGUGGCUUUGACUUCCGAAGUCGAGAUCCACACCACGUGCUGAUCAAGAUUGGCAAGAGCUUGCGCAAGAGCGAGGAUUUGAGAUGCGUGGCCAAGCUGGCUUGGACAAUCCUGACAGACUUGCACCGGACGUUUGCGCCGCUCAAGCAAACGAGCUCAACUCUUGCGCUGGCAAGCUUGGAGCUUGCUGCGCACUUCAAAGCCGCAACAUCGCCAAACAAUGUCUGCAGCGUGAGGGAUGAUCUGCAGACACUGCAUCUGAAGAGAUGGCAUACGACUCGAGAAGAAGUGAUGGAGACAUUGCUGGAUGCCUUGGACUUGUAUACUCAUCACACACAAUCAACCAUUCUGGGUCCCAAGAUCAAGCUGGACGACAUGCUUCGAAUCCGCCUUGAGCUCAACAAGGAGUGCUCUGACUCCAGCCUGCCACGAUACACUGUGGUUCAGUCUCCACCAUCGCCAGACAACACCAAUGGCAAUGGCAGUACUCUUCGUGUUGCUAAUGGCCAUCCCACUCCGAUAUCCCCUCCCCAGCCAGGCACACACGCGCCACCACAGCAGGUCAACAACUAUAUCGAGAGUCAAACGGCACCCCAAACGAAUGGCACGUUGCGUUUCAUGCUCGACCCACAACGUGCCACAGAUGAGCGAGUCGAAGUCAAGCGUCACUUCACGGAAGAAUGGGAAGAGUACGAAGAGGAAAUCGAA